AUGAGUGCCGUGACUAUGCGACGAAAAAACAUGAAUCGGAUAGAAUUGAUUCCUCUAAGAUCUCCUGCAAAUAUGGCUACUGGAGCUGGAGGAAUAAAUGAGGGAGAAAAACGACCCUCAACGUCUUCAUCAUCAUCAAGGUCUGCAAAGCUUGUUGAGGAAAGGAGUUCUUUGAUAAGAAAACAACCUUUGAAUGAUAGGAUGGCUCACAAGAAGAUGGCCCUCUCGGACAGAGCUACAGCUUUUCCUCAUGUUAGUGAUUUUAGAACUUUCGGAAAGGAAGAAAUAUUGGAGUCAGUUCUCGACAAAAUCAAUUCUCUUUCAAACCAUUCAUACUUUGUUUGUGGGGGAGAUCUAGACAGCUCUUCUCAUCCGCAAGCAGAGGGGAAAACGCCUCUAGUAAUUUCAGGGAAGGCUCCAAGUACCUAUUCGUCUGAUUCAAUGCCUUCCUCCAUCUCGCAAUAUCAACGGCAUUAUAUCGAGUGGAAAAACACCAAAGAAAUUGCAGAGGGUACACGACAAAUUGCAGAAGCUAUUAAAAGGAAAGAACACUCUGUCCCGUUUGCUACGUUUGGAGUUUUCUCGAUGGGAGACAGUGUGUAUAAAAACGAUUUUGUCACUGAAGAAAAACUAAAGAUGCGAAAGAGUCAUAUAGAAAUUGAGGAGAGCAAGAGUUAUAUUUUGAACAACCCUUGGGAAAAGAGUAAUGAGGAAGAAGCCAGUCCAAAGAGCAAAGAAGGUUCGCAAGAGAUGAGUCCAAGUCCAUCACAGGAGAAUGCUGACAAGGGAGCCUUAAUGACCUCACCAGGAUCGCUUUCUAAUGACGAUCAAGGCAUCGAACCUAAAACACACGACAACGAGUCUCAGCAAAACCAAGCUAGCCAAAAUUUCUCUGCUACAUCCACUGCCCCAGAUCUACUGACAAAAUCUACUGCUGAAGAUAGACGAUUAGAAAGCAAUAUUUCAACUGCAUGUCAAUCGUGUGACCAAAGCGAAGAUUUACCGGAGGAGAUUUCUCAACCACCUACACAAGAAGUUACAGGUACGGAAAAUGCUCAAAAUCAUGACGUUGUGAUGACUAAUGUUGUGAAGCCAACAGAGCUGGAUUCUACGUCUAUAUUUUCUGUACCCAGUAGUCGAAGAUCACAAAGGUCUGCUGUUUCUUCAAGUUAUUCCAGCUUUAGUACGUCCAAGAAAGGCAUUAAGGGAGGAAAAGCCAAGUAUAUGCAAAGGCCUUUCACAACAUCACUAAUAGAGCCAAGAAUCAGAAAUUCGUCAUCAAAUCCGUCAUUUCUUCCUCCAAUUGUAUCCCCUACAUCAUCUAGGCAAAGCGAGCUUGCAGACAUCAGAAAUUUCACACCAAUUUCUUCUCGACAUGGAUUUCCAAGAAAAAAUACAUUUAAUUCAGUCGUGCGAUCAACCACCAUGAUAGAUGAACUGCUCUCCACUAAUUGA